GUGCGGUAAGUGUGGAUGUCAAUUGUCAACACACCAGAUAUAUAUGUCUACACUCUACACUCGACAGAACGCACAUACAUUACAUAUAUAUUCAUUUAUUCAGUCAUGUGCGUGUGGGAGACGGAGAGAGAGAAGUUUUAGGUAAACAUUAUAUGAAAGCAAAAGCCGAGGACAAAGCUGGCGUAAAUUCUGUUCACAACGCACUGCCUAUGAUCAAAACCUUCUGUCAAAAUUAGAUUGGUUCACCUAUUUCCUUAUUUGCCGUUGUUCUUGUUGCAGCUCUGCGCGUUCAAUAUUCUUUCCUGUUUCGCUUUUCAUUCUUUUGUUUAUUUGGGGGAAAAGAUUGGACCUUUAUUGAAUUUUAAGUAUACGCACCAAUCCUUUCGUGCAUUUAUUGGAUUUGGUUGAAGAAAAUGAUUGGUUACUCGGUUUGUAUUAGAAUCUGAAUUUUAUUCAAGGGCUCGACAGGGAUUUGAUCUGCGAGGGAGUUUAAAAUGGGUUGUUUUCCUUGUUUCGACUCAAGAGAAGAGGAAAAGCUCAAUUCCUAUCAAGAGAGUAACGAUCACAAAGAAGUUCAUCCAACUGUACCUCCUAAUGUAGCGAAGUUAUCAUCUGGUGGAGACAGGUUAAAAACGAGCAAUGUGGGACCAAAUAAGGAAGCACCUCUGUCCAAGGACUUGCCCGAUGCUCAGAUUGCUGCACAAACAUUUACUUUCCGUGAGCUUGCUAACGCUACUAAUAACUUCAGGCCUGAGUGUUUCUUAGGAGAGGGAGGUUUUGGACGUGUGUACAAAGGGAGGCUUCCUAGUGGGCAGGCUGUAGCUGUUAAGCAGUUGGAUAGGAAUGGGCUUCAGGGUAAUAGAGAGUUCCUGGUUGAGGUUUUGAUGCUUAGCCUUUUACACCAUCCUAAUUUAGUGAGCUUGAUGGGUUACUGUGCUGAUGGGGAUCAGAGACUGCUCGUCUACGAGUUUAUGCCCUUGGGAUCAUUAGAAGACCACCUCCAUGAUCUCCCGAUUGAAAAGGAAGCCCUCGAUUGGAACACGAGAAUGAAGAUAGCAGCCGGUGCUGCUCGGGGGCUCGAGUAUCUCCAUGACAAGGCGAAACCCCCAGUGAUUUAUCGUGAUUUUAAGUCAUCCAACAUAUUGCUUGGCGAAGGGUUUUCCCCAAAGCUUUCGGACUUUGGGCUUGCAAAGCUGGGCCCCACUGGAGACAAGUCGCAUGUGUCCACCAGAGUCAUGGGGACCUAUGGAUAUUGUGCUCCCGAAUACGCCAUGACUGGUCAGUUGACCGUUAAGUCUGACGUUUACAGCUUUGGGGUCGUGUUUUUGGAGCUCAUCACUGGACGUAAAGCAAUCGACAGCACCCUUCCUCAGGGGGAACAAAACCUCGUCGCCUGGGCACGACCAUUGUUCAAUGACCGACGGAAGUUUGCGAAGCUUGCGGACCCAAGGCUGCAAGGUAAGUUCCCCAUGCGUGGGCUUUACCAAGCUCUGGCGGUGGCCUCAAUGUGCACCCAGGAACAGGCAGCAGCACGGCCUCUAAUAGGGGACGUUGUGACUGCCCUAUCCUACCUGGCAAACCAGGCGUACGACCCCACACAAGGGAACUGUAAAGAUAGGGAUGAGAAAGGCGGGAAACUGUUGAGGAAUGAGGAAAGUGGUGGGUCCGGCCGCAAGUGGGACCUUGAAGGGUCCGAGAGGGAUGACUCUCCCCGUGAAAACCCCACAAAAUCAACCAAAGACUUGGAGAGGGAAAGGGCAGUGGCUGAGGCUAAGAUGUGGGGUGAGAAUUGGCGGGAAAAGAGACGCCAGGUCCAGGACAAUGCUCUGGGAACUUUUGACGGCCAUAAUGGGUGAGUUCUCUGUUCUCUUAUGGUCAUGGAUUUUGUUUAUGAAUCAAGCAAUUUCUUUUCCUUUUUCGUUUAACGUUAAAGAAAUAAGUAUGUGAUGGUGUCUCGUGGAGUUGAGGAGGAUGAGUUGGAAGUGAUGUAUAUGAAGAUGAAAGGGGAAGGUGUAGACGCGCGUCGAUGAAGUUUUUUGAUUUGAAAGUAAAUGCGUCGUGUUUUAUGGGAUGCUUUGUUCGUGUUUGAUUUGUAAAGAUGUCGAGUGAGACCCGACUGCUUUUGUGUUUCCGAAUUUUUUUCUUGGUUGAUGGUUCAAUUGGUCUCUGGAGACCAUACGAGAUGUAUUUAUCUUGUUAUAUGUUUUUCUUUGGUAAUUCUGUUGCUGAACUUUUUUAAUCUGGCAUAGUAUACAGAAUUGUUGCUUUUGGAAUGGUUUUCCCAAGAUUCCUUACUGUUGAUGAUCAAAUAGAUCGGUGUUUGGAAA